AUGCGCGUUCGGAGAUGCUACAAAAAUCGUGCUCACGAGUGUUUUUCCUGAAUUAAAGUGAAUUUUAAACUUUGUUGGUGUAACGUGAAACUGUGUUGUUCAGUGAAGCUUGGUGUACACAUAUUUUAAUAGUGAUUGUGUGUUUGAAAAAGUCACGAUGAAUAAAACUUGCGCAAGGUGUGAAAAAACAGUUUAUCCUACUGAGGAAUUAAAAUGUUUAGACAAGACAUGGCACAAAGGCUGCUUCAAAUGCCAGGAGUGUGGGAUGACCCUAAACAUGCGCACAUACAAGGGUUAUGGGAAACUGCCCUACUGCGAAGCCCACGUGCCCAAGGCGAAGCACACCACCAUGGCGGAGACGCCGGAGCUGAAGCGGAUAGCGGAGAACACCAAGCUGCAGAGCAACGUCAAGUACCACGCCGACUUCGAGAGGAGCAAGGGGAAGUUCACACAGGUGGCAGACGACCCUGAAACAUUAAGAAUUAAAGCGAACACAAAAAUCAUCAGCAACGUGGCAUAUCACGGAGACCUGGAGAAGAAGGCGCAGAUGGAGAAGCAGAGACAAAUAAACGAGAACGGAGAACUUGUUGACGUAGCUACCAACGAUAACUACCAUCAGCAAAUCGACACCUACGCGACAGAGAUGUUAGCGCCGAUGCCGCCGCCCAACCUGCCGCCGAAGACACACUACCAAACCCCCGCCGCGCAAACCCACCGCCAAUACCCAGAGUAUCGCCAAGAAGAAUACUACCCGUAUCCGAAAUACGAGGACUACCCGCAGAAUGCGAAUUAUCAGACUACCCCGCAAAUUCCGCAAAAUUUUGGCAAUCAGAAGAUUGGUAAGAUCCACGACUACGAUCCAUUGAGCGAUGGACCGCGGGCGCCGCCGAAUACGCAACGCGCGUCUGCGACUCUUAUCUACAACAGUUCCAGUGAUAAACGAGGGGCGCAUCACACUCAGCAGCAGAGCAGCCGACAGCACAUCGGGCGCGUGACGGACCUGGACCCGCUCGCCAACGAGCUGCCCGCGCCGCACGCGCACCCGCACCAGAACCAGGUCAAACAGAGAGUUUACAUCGCGAUGUACGACUACGAAGCGAACGACAGCGAUGAGGUCUCGUUCCGCGAGGGGGACUACAUAUCGAACGUGACGUCAAUCGACGAGGGCUGGAUGACGGGGCAAGUGCUGCGCACGGGCCGCACCGGCAUGCUGCCCGCCAACUACGUGGAGUUGGCGCCUGACGCGCGUCAGACCCACUGACGUGCGUCAGACUCACUGACACCAAGUAACACGUCACUGACUCGGCCAAAUUAGAAAAUAAUUGAUCGAACACGCAUGAGAGUAUAACUGUCUGACGCUCGUCAGACUUACAGACGCCGUCACCAAGUAACACGUCACUGACUCGGCCAAAUUAGUAAAUAAUUCAUCGAACACUCUGGAAAAAUAACUUCGUCUGACGCGCGUCAGACUCACUGACGCCGUCAUCAACUAACAAGUCACUGACUCUAUAUUAGAAAACAAUUAAUCGAACACUCCAGAAAAUAAUUUCGUCUGACGCUGUCACCAAUUAACACGUCACUAAUUCGGUCAAAAUAGAAAAUAAUUAAUCAAAAACGAAGGAAAAUAUAAAUUAGGGAGUCAUCACGUUGAGGCGUAUAAGUUAUGGUUCUGUGUAACUUUUGUAACUGUAUAUUAAUUACCCCGCAAUAUAAUAGCAAGCAGACAGCGUUACCAAUAACCUGCACAGGAUUUCUGACUAGGGUAGUUAUAAUGGUAUAAUACAGUUGCAUACAUAUUAUAAAGAACGCAGAACUCGGAACUUAUGGAUACUUUGUAGGGUUAUAAGUACAUACUUAAAAUGAAGUAUGUACUUAACCCUGCAAAGUAUCUAUAAGAGUCCGGAAUUACAAAAGUAACGUUAUUUAUAACUGUAAAAGGCUAAUGUUUAUCUUUUCAGUACCCACAAUAAAAUUAUAGUCUGACGCGCGUCAGACUAACUAGCGCCGUUACCAUGCCAACAUGUCGCUGACUCGACGAAAGUAGAAAAUUAUUGAUCGAUUAAUUAUAAUCACGAGUUAUAUAAUAUAACCUAAAAUUCUAAAAAAUCAUAGUGCGUCAAUUGAAAAGAAAUACCGAUAAAUAGACGGAAAACACAAUAUAUCUGUAAUUAAAUCCGAGUCUUUAAGUGUAAAGGACAACACAUCACAACAUAUUGUUGACAGUUUAUGAUGACCACUUACCAUCCAAUAAGCUCAUGGGCUUGCAGCACUAAUGGACAGGACAUUCAAUAAAACUGAUGGUGCUUGACAUGUCGCGAUGUGCUUGAUAUCUUGCAGAUUACGACCAAAACAUGAUCAGAUCAGUCCUGCUGUUAAAGCUGCAGGCAUGUGGACUUAUUGGAUGGUUAGUGGCUAGCAUUAUAACCGUUAUAAAGACAUAUUUGUAAUUUUGUAUGGUAAUAAUCACAGUAAUAAUCCACAAAUAACAUUCCACAUUGUAUGCCUACAACGAAAUAUCUCGUGUAGAGAAAUAGACAAAAUGUCGACCAAUGGAGGCAGCGGCGACUACGCAAUAAAAGAGAUACUGGUAUUUCCGGUUGUGCCGCUAUUGGUUGAAAAUUGUCUGUUUCUUCAAUAUUCUCGAGAUAUGUUGUUGGUCGCAUGUUAGGCUUACAUUAAUAGCUUCAAUGGUACAAUGCAAACUUAUUCAAGUCAAAACAUCUAAAAUUUAGAUGUCAAUUUACAACACCUAAAAAGUAUAAUGUCAAAGUAAGACACCUAAUAAAUAUGAUUUUAAUUUACAACACCUAAAAAGUAUAAUGUCAAAGUAAGACACCUAAUAAAUAUGAUAUGAUAUGAUUUCAAUUAAUUCAAAAAGUUCACUUUAGACUUGUAUGAUGCAAAAAAAAACAUUGUAUCCAAUAUUAAACUUUAACCAUAAUAUGUUAAAAAAUAUGCCACUUUACUAACUUGUCUAAAAAGUUUAUACAAUGUUGUUAUGCUGUAUUCUUUUUAUUCUAGACUAUUAUUUAGAAUUAAAUAAAACAUAAUAAAAACGGACCAAAACGAAAAUUUUUAGCAUUUUUAUCUCAUUCCAAUUGUUUUUUUUUAUUUUUCCAAAAUAUCUCUUACAGGGGUAGUUUUUUACCCAAUAUUUUGUGUAAUGGGGUAAGUUUACCCCCUAUUUUUUUUUUAACUUUAUAUAACAUUUUUGCUUGUCGCUAAUGUAUAACUUAUAACAUUUUGUACCUGGUCAUAACGCCACAAAACAGGUCGCAAUGAUUCAAUUGUAAAUAAAUAUAAAUUUAGAUAUAUAUAUAAAAUAUAGUUUAUGGUGUCACACCAUAUUUUUUAUAUCGUGUAUAUUUUUUUAUUAAAAAAAAAUAACAAUUUUUACAAAAAAAAAAUACUACAAAAACCUACGAAAUUCGUAAUGCAUAAUAAUUAAUUAGAGCACAUAUUUAAAAUUCUUGUUCACACAUUCCGUUUUGUUUUUGUAAUCCAAUUUGAUAAUAAUUGAUGUUUAAUAUAAAAAUAGGACAUAUUUUUUGUUACUUAACUAAAAAUCGAUUUUUUUUUUAUAAUUUCCUGAUAAUCUACAAAGAAUGUAGACUAAUUUUUUUUUAAAUAUUGGAAGUUCUACUUUUAUAUUUUGCGUCAAUAUAUGAGAACUGUUAAACCUUAAAACAUAUAAGAUUUGCCAAUUAGUUCUUAUUGUUUUAUUUUAAAUAUAUUGCUUUUAUUGUUAGUUGCAAGUGUUAUAGCACAUACGGGCAGUGAUUUAACAAUAUAGUGACAGAUAUAAUAAUAUUUUAGGACUCACAACAAAGAUUUUAUACUAUUAGAUAUGUCACUAGUGCGUCGAAACUGAGGCGGAGAAAAAAAAAAAACAUACAUACACCGAACCCGAACCGAACGUAGAACCUCCUCCUUUUUGGAAGUCGGUUAAAUAGUGGCUAAUUGUCCUAAUUGUCGAGUUGUGUGUUCAGGAAGUGUAAAAACUAUAUAUACAUAAAUAUAUAAUGUAAGUAAACACAAAAUUGUGCAUAUUUGAGCUUAGUGGAGUCUAAAUUCGGAUCACUUUUUGUGGUGAUUUUGUAGGUAUCUUUAGUAGAAAAUCUUUGACUCACAUACUUAAAAAUACCUAAAGCCAUCAUCAUGUUGUUAUUUCACUGCGUUUUAGGUUAGUCAUUUUAUUUAUUAUUUCAUUUUACUUGGGAUAACACUGCCCUUCUUUUUAAGUUAAAAUCUCAGUUUUAUAUUAGAAAAAAAAAAUAGUUUUGAAAGGGCAGUUUUGUUUUUUUUAGCGUAUUAUACAUUGUUAUUAUUUUAAGCAUUAAACACAUCACAAUUUUAUGGCUUGAUUAUUUAAUGGAGGAGCGAAAUUAUUUUUUGUAAAAUAUAAAUAAUGUUCCUUACACUAUAAGUUAAAUAAUAAUUAAUUCUUCAUGUUUCCAAUACUUACAUUUUCAAGCCGACAAUGUUUUCUACAUCUUCACGAAUAUUUACAAGACACGUGAGAAAAACUUGUCUAUUUUAUCUGCGGAUUUUGAUUAGCUGGGCUGUGCCUUUUUUGAUGAAACGUUUUCUCGCUCUAUGACAAAACAACGUAUCUUAUAACAAUCUUAUGUAUGGGAACAGUAUUAUAAGCCGAUCCGAUGUUACAGUGCCUUUGUAAUAUUUAAUAAAUUUUAAGCGAACA